AUGGCUGCCAUUGCUGCUACUUUUCUGGCAGCAGUUGCUGCUAGUUCCGCGGCAGCCGCCGACUUUGUUGUUGUUGCUGCUGCUGCUGCUGCGGGGCCCAGAAGAGGAAAGCAAGCGGCUCUGACUGCAGCAGCAGCAGCGGGCAGCAGCAAGGGCGGGAAUUUCGCUGGAGAGAAGCUGCACAGCAGCAGGAGCAGCAGAAGACAACAGCAACAAAUAAGAACGUGCGUGCGAAGCACAGGGUCAAAGAGUUACACUGCACUCCAGCAGCAGCAGCAGCAGCACCAGCUGGAAAAGCAGCAGCAGAAGGAGCAGCAGAAGCAGCAGCAGAAACGGCUGGAGAAGCAGCAGCAGCAGGUGAAGCACAAGCAAUAG